AUGGCAUCCUAAAUCUAUGAACAAUUAACAGCAGCCUAUACAAAUGCAGAUAAUUAGAUUAGAAAUUAGGCUGAGAAAUCAUUAAUAAAUUCUUUGUAGGAGAACUAUUAGAAUUUUUAAUUUAUUGCUUAAUUAGCAGAAUAACAAGAUAAAAGUACAUAUAUAUUGUUUAUUAAUAGUGUAGGAAUAAGCUAUCAGUUUAUUGAAUUCUGUAGUUAUGAAAAUGCUAAAUAAAAAUACUAGUACUAAAAAAUGUUAUUAUUUAGAUUUAUUAACAGUUUAGCAUACUGCUACUUUAAUUUCUGUACUAAUUUCACAAAAAAACCCUUUAAAAUAUAAGCAAUUCCUAAUUUAAUCAUUAAGUAAAAUUAUAAAAAGAGACAAAAGUAUAAUAUUUAUUAUAAUUUAGAUGUAAAGGCAGAAAUCCAGAACAAAAUGAAAGAAUAUUUAAUGGGAGAUUAAUAAUGGCAAAUAUAAACUGGAAUUUUGUUUUUUAAGAUUUUGGUGAAUUCUGUAGAACUGUCAAAUUAUAAUAAUUAUGCAAAUAUAACUACAAUAAACUAUGAAUGGAUUAUAGAAUAUUUUAAUAUAUGUGUCUAAAUUAUGUCAGUUUUGAAGGAUUAACCAAAAGAUUUGCCAGAUGAAUUCAUUAAUACUAUGAAAUAUUUUGCUUUAUCUAUCUAGGAUUUAUGUGAUAAAAUAUAAUCAUAAUCAAAUCUAUCUAGAGAACAAAUAGUACCUAUAUUAAAUAUUCUAUUCUCAAUAAAUUCAUUUUCAGGUUCUUUAAUCUUACUACUCUAAUAUUCCCCUUGGUUAGGAAAAUAAACAUAAAAUUCCAUAAUUAUUAAUACUGGUAAUUCCAAUUUUGAUGAUAAAAUUAAUGAAAUAAAAUGUUAUAUUCUGAAAUCCUACAUGAUAACUUUUUAAAUUUUGAUUAAUACCCGUAAUAAAUCAGAAGUUAAAAAAGGCCCAUUUGGACCUUAUAUUAAUCCAAUCACUAAAAUUCUUUUAUCUUCUAUUUUGAACUAUACGAGUAGCGAACAAACUAAUAUAAUCCUAAAGUAAAUCUAAAUAAAUAUUAAUAGUAAACCAUUUCUAAGAAAUAUUAUUACAUAUAUUCUUAAAUUGCUAGCAAAUUUAGGAUAAUAGACAGAAUAAUAUCAAAUUUUCUAAGAUUCAAAAGUAUCUUUAAUAACUGAUGUAAUUUAUCCUUAUUUAAUUACAACUUCAAAUGAAUACAUUUAAAUGUAAGAUGACCCAGAAGAAUUCGUUAAUCUUGCUCUUGAUACUGUCGACAAACAAGAGUCAGACAUUCCUAAAACAGCUGCAGCAUAAUUAUUAGAAACUUUUUGUGAUCAUAUUGAUGGCUCUACAACAUUCUUGGCUAAUCUUGCUGUUAUCAUAAUCUAGCAUACAAUUAAUAGCUUAUCUAGUAAUCCUAUUCCAUUAAAUGAUUAAUAACAAACAUUUAUAAAAGCAAUCUCAGAAAAGUAAAUAAUAAUUAAUAAAAUAGAAAAUUAUUCACUGAAUAUAACGCUAUUGAUAGAAUUGAAAGUAGUUUAAUUGUAUUGACAAUAAUGAGUUAUUUGAUUUAAAAAAGAUUUGAUAUAGUUAGUUUAAUGGAGUAACUUUUAGUUGAUAAUCUAAAGUUUUUUUAAAAUAUUUAACAGCAGAUAAUAAAAGUAAGGUUUUCUCUGUUUUUUGGUUACUAUUGCGAUAAUUUAUUUAAAAAGGAUAUUCAAUCUUAGAAUAUGCUAAUGUAUUUAUAAAUUUUAAUAAAUUUUGUUGAACCAAGAGAACCAGUAGUAUUAUAUUAAUCAAUAGAUGCAUUAAAAGAUAUAUUCGAAGAUGAAGAAUUGAAAGAGAAAACAAAAAAUUUAGUGGCAAUAGUGUUUCCGCCAUUAUGCAAUGGUCUAAAGUUUAGUAUAUACGAGAGACAUUUCGAAAUGAUCACAAAUCUUAUAAAGAAGUACUCGUUCGUAUUUCUAUAACAAGAAUAGUUAUUAAUUGGUUUGAUGCAAAUUCUAGUUUAAAGAAUAAUAUAUGAAUAAGAAUUAAUUAAUAAAGGAGAUAACUAAAGACAUAUAUACUUAAAUAAAUGUUGGAAUAUUAUAAGAUAAUUGGGAGAUCAGGAUGAAUACAAAAAUUUAUUAAUAACUUUGGAAUAAAACAUAUAUUAAUUAUAUUCAAUGUUAACUAGUUGUGAGAAAAUAGAUUUUGAUGAAGAUUUAAUUUUGUUCAUUUCAUAGUGUAUAUCAAAAUUAUCAUCUGUAACUCUUUUGUAAAUGUAAGUGUUACCAUUGUUUUAGAAUGUUAUACAGAAGCAAAACUAUAGAUUAGGGAAUCUAUAUGAAACCUUAAAUUAUUACAUUCACUAUGGUAGAAAUUAUUUUGUAGAUGAAAGAUAUUAGUAGAUAUUUUUCAACUUAGCUUUUUAACAUUUACAACCUGAUUAAUAAUUCGAGGAUAUUGAAUAAGCUGAAGGUGCAUUGCUAAUACAAUUAGGAAUUUAAGAAUUAAAUUAGGAUUUAAAAAAACCUAUUCUGGAAACAAUUCUUAAUUAAACAGUUACUAUGAUGUCUACUAAAGAACUUAAAGGUAUACUUAGAUCAAGAAUAACUGGAAUUAUAUUAAGUGCACUCUAUUCAAUAUAAGAAUUAACCUGUGAAUUAUUAGCUGGAAUUUUUUCAGCUGUUUAUAAUAAAGUUCUUGAUACAUAUUAUUCUCCAGGCUAUGAUAUUAAAUUGUUUGUAAUUACUAUGUCAUCCUUAAUUAAUAAAUAACCUAAUCUAUUAACUUCCAAAUUAAUCACCACAAUUGUCAAUAAUUUAUUUCAAUAAGAUAAAUUCGAAAAGGAGACUGAAUAAAAGAAAUUGAAUAGGUACUCCAUUUAAUAAAUUUAGUUCUUUUGAUGGAGAAGAGUUUGAUUAAGAAGAUGAUUAAGAUGAUGAUUUCAAUCAACAAGAUGAUAUCAGUGAAGCUUAAUAACAAAUUGAAUUAUUUUUAAGUCCUAUUGUAAAAAUUGAUGAAUAUUCAGUCUUUAAAAAUACUCUAUUUGCAAUCAAAUAACAGUAAUUUUUUUUUCAUUAUUAGUUAUGCCUUGGGAAUUGAAUAACUUAAAUAAGAACUCGAUAAUUAAAUAAUUGUUAAAUUGAACGAAUUGAUGUCUUUUGUAAGAAUAAGUACAAAUGAUGGAAAUUAAUUUUCAAGAAAAGUAAUCUAUCUAUUUAUCUCUAGCUUAUUAAAGCAUAAAGAAGAAAGAAGAAAAAUUGA